AUGUACGGCACAUUCCACAGACUACGAUUCCGCGACGUUGUCGACGAUAUUUGCGAGACACUGACUGGAAUCUGUGUGAUUGAUUUGGAUCAUCCCUUGUUUGAAAGAGACAUUAGCGACGCCGAAGAGUCUCCUGUUUACAGUCCCGAAUCGAUGGCCUCGGUGGAUCUGCGAUCGAGCGUCAUUCGCUCUUCUGCCUCCACGCCGUCGCUGCGCUCGAGAGAUGGCGCACUGCCUUCACACAUGAAGAUGGACGGGGGUGGUAAUGUCAAGGUGGUCGUGAGAGUUCGGGCUUUCCUGCCCAGAGAAAUCGAGAGGGGAGCGCAAUGCCUCAUUAGCAUGGACCCCAUCAUGCAAUCAACCACUCUGCACGUCCCAAAUGACAGCGACCCGGCCAACAGCAAAGCCAGGACACGCAAGGUGGUCGAAGAGAAGAACUUUACCUUUGAUAAUUCCUUUUGGAGUCACGACAAAGGCGACAGACACUAUGCACACCAGGAAGAUGUCUACAAUGUGUUGGGCGAGGAAUUCCUGGACCACAACUUUGAGGGAUACCACACAUGCAUUUUCGCCUACGGACAAACGGGAUCUGGCAAGUCGUACACCAUGAUGGGAACACCCGAUCAGCCAGGCCUGAUCCCACGAACCUGCGAGGACCUGUUCCAGCGCAUCGAGUCAGCACAGCAAGAAACGCCCAACAUUUCGUAUCACGUUCGCGCGUCGUACUUUGAGGUCUACAACGAACAUGUGCGAGACUUGCUCGUCCCCGUGGUGCCCAAUCAAGCACCGUAUUAUCUCAAGAUCCGCGAGUCACCGGCCGAAGGCCCAUAUGUGAAAGACUUGACCGAGGUCCCUGUUAGAAGCUUGAACGAGAUUUUACGGUAUAUGAAGAUGGGCGACUCAUCCCGGACGACGGCGAGUACCAAGAUGAACGACACCAGUAGUCGAAGCCACGCAGUCUUUACCAUCAUGCUUAAGCAAAUCCAUCACGAUAUGGAUACGGACGAAACCACGGAGCGCAGCUCGAGAAUCAGACUCGUCGAUUUGGCUGGAAGCGAAAGGGCAAAGUCCACCGAGGCAACUGGGGCACGGCUUCGCGAAGGUAGCAACAUCAACAAGUCACUCACCACCCUCGGUCGCGUCAUUGCUGCUUUGGCAGAUCCAAAGCACGGCCGGGGCAAACGAAAGGGCGAUAUCGUCCCAUACCGAGAUUCAAUCCUGACCUGGCUGCUCAAGGAUUCGUUGGGUGGCAACAGCAAGACGGCCAUGAUUGCUUGCAUUGCCCCGUCCGAUUAUGAAGAAACUCUCUCGACGUUGCGUUACGCCGACCAAGCCAAGCGUAUCCGCACACGCGCCGUGGUCAAUCAAGACCAAAUCUCCACCGCCGAGAGAGACGCGCAGAUUGCAGCCAUGGCUGAAGAGAUUCGGCUUUUGCAACAAUCAGUCGCGGAUACCCGAAGGAGAGAGAAGGAUCAAAAGGAUAGCGAGGAGAAGCUCGAAGAAUACCAGAAUCGCGUUGCAGCCAUGCAGCGCAUGAUGGAAGAACGCAGCCUGGUCGCCGAGGGCAAGAUUCGCAGCUUGCAGACGGAGAAUGAAGCAUUAAGACUACACCUUAAAUUGGCACUCGACAGCUUGAAGAACCCAAUCCCGGAAGUUGUUAUCAACACAAAUGACCCACUCAAGGCGGUUGGUGUAGACAAGGAAAAUGCCAAUCCACCCGACUUGGGCGAGAAGCAAGCAGACUCGGAGACAGGAAACGAGUCGGACGAAUACUACGACGACGACGACGAUGACUACAUCCCCGAGGUUCACGAAGAACGGGCAAACGAGAUGCAGGACUACAUGCAUGAGUUGCUCAAGGACCUAUCCUUGUUCAAGAGGAAGAUUUGCGAUGACAAGGGCAGGUUCGUGGAAGAUAACUUGAGAAAUCCAUUGGGUGUACGCGUCAACAUGUAA